UGCCGAUGUGAAGCAACGGUUUGUUCUGUUCUCACAUGUCCUUCACAUCCUGAGCUCUGACAGCAAAGCAGCCUCUGUACUGUCAAUCAAUGAAAACGACGAGAUCUCCACUGUAUUUUAACUAUGGCAGCUCAGGUCACUGAAUCAGACCAGAUCAAACAGUUCAAAGAAUUUCUGGGAACCUACAAUAAACUGACAGAGAACUGCUUCAUGGAUUGUGUGAAAGAUUUCACUACAAGAGAAGUCAAGCCAGAAGAGACUACAUGUUCUGAGAGCUGCUUACAGAAGUAUCUGAAGAUGACGCAGAGGAUCUCAAUGCGCUUUCAGGAGUAUCACAUCCAGCAGAAUGAAGCACUGGCUGCUAAAGCUGGUUUAUUAGGACAGCCACGAUGAUCAUUUGCUGCUGGACUGAACCCCAGACCGUUACGACAGUCUCCAGCAUGGAGCAGAGGACGCAGGCACUGGGAACAGUGUUAGAAGUCCUCUAACUGGAUCAUUGGGAAUUUUGGUUUCCCUAAGGACAUACACUCUCGUUUCGACCACUAUGCUGGUCUUCCUUAAAACACGAAAGAUCUUGAUGGUUUUUAUGUUAAUGUGCUCCAAAAUAAAAUAUUAGUCAACUCUGA